GCGUUAAAUAUAUCGUCACGCUUGUUCGGUGGAAAGAAGGCCGACGACACCUGUGAGGCUGUGACGCCCAGUAAACACCCCCUCUUCCUUUGAGUACGCUAACCCCCACAGGCAACUACUUGCUAUGGUAAAAGGUGGUCUCUGGUUGGAUCAUGCCUAAACUUCUAGGGCUCUAACCCCCCGCCACGGCCUCCAGUCGGAGCUGAGCCGACGGCUACCGGUUGUCGGCCAGAGAUGGCCCAGCAUUGAACUUCACAGCAUCGCCGUCAUAUAUACAGUACGCCCUGCGAGCACAAACUACAGAUACCGGCAGACCAAUCAAGCCAACAGCAUGUCUUGUGAAAACGAAACCUCAUCGUGCAACAACACCUGUGCCAAUCAGAACGGCCAUGUUGGCGAUAUUGAAGACUACAAGCUCGAGCUCGAGUCGUUGCGCAGACGCACCAUCGAACUCGAACAGAAACUAUCGGAGGUAGGCCUAGCAGAGAACGCCAAAGCGCCCAGCAAAUUCCGAUCAGCGGAAUGGUUCGCUGUCGGCGAUGCAGCCAACCCCGAAAUGGCGGCUCUGUACACCGACCGCUAUCUCAACUACGGCCUGACUCAAGAGGAGCUCAUGUCCGGCAAACCAAUUGUCGGCAUAGCACAGUCUGGCUCAGACUUGGCUCCCUGCAAUCGACACCACCUCGAACUAGCCAAGCGAGUCCGUGAAGGGAUACGCUCGGCCGGCGGCAUCGCGUUCGAGUUCCCGACUCAUCCCAUUCAGGAGAGCUCACGGCGACCGACAGCCACUUUGGACAGGAACCUGGCAUACUUGGGUCUGGUCGAGCUGCUUCAUGCAUACCCUCUAGACGGCGUCGUCCUGCUUACGGGAUGUGACAAGACCACGCCAGCGUUCCUCAUGGCCGCGGCUACAGUGAAUAUCCCAGCAAUCUGCCUGAACGUGGGACCAAUGCUCAACGGCCGCCUUUUUGGCACGAACGAUCGAAUCGGCUCGGGCACAAUCCUGUGGACAGCAAGAGACUUGCACGCGGCCGGUGAAAUUGACGACGAUAAACUCGUUGAGAUGAUUGCUGCCGGCACACCGUCUGCCGGCCACUGCAACACCAUGGGCACAGCCAGCACGAUGAACGCGCUAGCCGAAGCACUGGGCAUGGCUCUACCAGGUUCCGCCGCCAUCCCAGCCCCAUACCGAGAACGAUCGCAAUGCGCAUACAAAACAGGCAGACAGAUCGUCGAGAUGGUCCACGCGGACCGCAAGCCCAGCGACAUUCUGACGCGCGAGGCCUUUGAGAACGCCAUCGUCACCAACUCCGCCAUCGGAGGCAGCACUAACGCGCCCAUCCAUCUAUGCGCAAUCGCCAAACACAUCGGCGUCCCGCUCGACCUGAACGACUGGGACAAGCUAGGUUUCGACAUCCCACUCCUCGUCAACGUCCAACCAGCAGGCGAAAUGCUGUGCGAGGAAUACUACAAAGCCGGCGGCCUCCAAGCCGUCAUGGCCGAGCUCCUCGACCAAGGCAAGCUGCACGACCAGGCUCUGACCUGCAACGGCAAGACUGUGAAAGACAACGUCGCCGGGCGACACUCAUGGGACCGACGCACCAUCAAACCCUAUUCCGAACCCCUCAAGAAAGAAGCCGGAUUCCUGCACAUGACGGGCAACGUAUUCGACUCCGCAAUCAUGAAAACGUCCGUAAUAUCCGACGAAUUCCGUAAAAACUUUUUGGAGAACCCCGAUGAUCCCAACGCCUUCGAAUCGAAAGUGGCGGUCUUUGACGGCCGCGAAGAUUAUAUCGCACGUAUCAACGACCCGGCCACACCCAUCGACACGCGCACCAUCCUCGUCAUGCGCGGUGCCGGACCCAUCGGAUACCCCGGCGCCGCGGAAAUCGUGAACAUGCACGCCCCUCCGCACGUGCUGAAACAGGGAGUACACUCUCUCCCGUGUAUAGGCGACGGCAGACAAUCCGGCACCUCGGGCUCGCCGUCCAUCCUCAACGCCAGCCCCGAGGCCGCUGCAGGAGGUAAUCUCGCACUCCUGCGCGACGGGGACAUCCUGCGCGUGGACCUGACGAAACGCCGAGUCGAUAUGCUGCUGCCAGAAGAGGAGAUCAAGCGCCGGCGCGAAGAACUUGAGGCCAAAGGUGGGUAUGCCAUUGUUGAGACGCAGACACCAUGGCAGGACAUUUUCCGCCGUGAGACAGGACAGUUGCAUGAGGGUAUGGUCCUGGAGAGCGCCGUCAAGUAUCAACGGGUGGCGCAAAGGUGGCCUGCUCCCCGACAUAAUCACUAGUACUCUCUAGGCUUGCUUCAUCAAACCUGCCUUAUU